AUGAGUCAGCGAGCAAAUUUUCACAUCAAAGCAUUAGUUUUAUUAAUUGUUGUACAAACUUCAUUCUCGAUUACCCUUGAAAGCGUUUACACUCGGUUACUGCAAAAGCAACGAAAUGCCGAAGAUACUUUUGCUUUUCAAUUUGUAAAGCCAAUUGGAACUGUUGCCGGCGAAUAUAUUUGGCCUAGAAGUUACUCAGCAUCAGCAGAACUUAUAUUCGAUGAGAACGGAGCUGCUUUUCCUGUUCGGGAGCGUCCUACAUCACUUAGCCGGAUUUUGCGUCCACUACAGACAAGUCGUCUCAGAAAUGAAGUUGAUGCUUGGCCUUAUCGCCUUCGUCGUUGA